AUGGCAGCUCCGCAGACCCUGCAGCAGGCGCUGGCUGUGCUGGUUUGCACUUUCCAGCGCUAUUCCAAACGGGAAGGCGACAGAUUCAUGCUCAGCAGAGGGGAGCUGAAGGAGCUGCUGGAGAAGGAGCUGCCCAGCCUGGGAGAUGUACAAGUGAAGGAAGGCGCCUUUGAGGAACUGCUGAGCAUCCUGGACGCUAACAGAGACGGGGAAGUUGACUUCCAGGAGUACAUUCGCUUCGUGGCGGUGGCGUGCACCUUAUGCCACGAGUUUUUCUUGGACUCCCCUGUAGUUCUGCCACGUGCACAAUAAACCCACCCCUGCUCGGGCACAGGCAGCUGGUUUUGUGCAGG